GUCGCGCACUGAUGACGUGUUUCACAGAGGCGGUGCGGGUCUGCCACGUCGGUCUCUGUGCAGCAUUGACGCUGUUGCUCCUCCAGCCCGGGGCUCAACUUUUAAACCCGUUUUAUUGCCUCUAACCCGGGACACCACCGCACCGAAGCACCGCCAGUGCCGCCGCGGCUCGUCUUCACGCCAGCGCAGCCGGGGACAGUGGAGCUGUGAGGCGGGGAAAUGCUCGGCGCUGCGCGGACUCCUCGUCUCACAACUGACUGAUGCAUCCUCGUCCAGCUCGCUCCUCUGUGUGUUCCCCAUGUUGUUGGCCUGUCGGUACAUGGUGGCUCUUUGAGGAGAAGGGGAGGAGUCCCAGCGGUGGUUGGUUGGUGGGUGGCGUCCACAGUUGCCACGGUAACUGGCGACCAUGCCAGGAGGUCGCAGGGGCCCCAGCAGACAGCAGCUGAGUCGCUCUGCUCUGCCGUCCCUGCAGACUCUGGUUGGAGGCAACCUGGGCAAUGGUACAGGCCUCAGGAACAGGAGCAGUAACUCGGUGGGUCUGUCGGCCCCACCUCUCUCGGCUCUCAUUACUCCAGAGCCUGUCCGCCAUUCCCGGAUCCCCGAGCUGCCGUUGGACAGUGGCCUGCUGUUUGAGUUACUGCUCUUUCUUUAUCUGCUGGUGGCCUUGUUUGUCCAGUACAUCAACAUCUACAGGACGGUGUGGUGGUACCCAUACAGCCACCCCGCUGCCUCUACCUCGCUCAACUUUCAUCUAAUGGACUAUCACCUGGCGAUCUUUAUCACAGUCAUGUUGGCCCGGAGGCUUGUUUGGACGAUAGUUUCAGAGGUGUCUCAGAGCAGCGGCGGAUCGCUGCUCCGCUAUGUGGUUCUUAUCGCGGCACGGCUCUGCCUGCUGACCAUGUGUGGCUGGGUGCUGUGCUGGACGCUGGUCAACCUCUGCAAGAACCACUCUGUGCUCAACCUCCUCUUCCUGGGAUACCCAUUCGGUGUGUACGUCCCGCUCUGCUGUUUCCAUCAGGAGGGAGGGAAAAGCCAAGCGGCGCCAACCGACUGCGAUUACCCAGCCGAUCACCAGACGACCGACCUAGCAGAGGCCCCGUUCUUUCGACCACGCGACUUCCUCUUCCUGUUGCGAGAGAACCUCCGAGAGCAGUUUUCCAGCUCGCCGCACAUGCCCACUCACACCUGCCCACCACAGACGCACUCGCACACACCUGAGUUGAUUCGAGCCGAGGUGGAGGAGCUGAAGAGCGACUUCAACCGUCGAAUCAAGGAGGUGCUCUUCAACUCGCUGUUCAGCGCUUACUAUGUCGCCUUCCUGCCUCUCUGCUUCGUCAAGAGCACCCAGUACUAUGACAUGCGUUGGUCGUGUGAGCAUCUGAUCAUGGUGUGGAUCAAUGCGUUUGUGAUGCUGAUGAGUCAGCUGCUGCCCCCCAGCUAUUGCGACCUGCUUCAUCGGUCGGCAGCUCACCUGGGCCGCUGGCAGAAACUGGAGCACGGCACGUACAGCAACGCACCUCAGCAUGUGUGGUCAGAAAGCACUAUUUGGCCUCAGGGGGUGUUGGUACGACACAGUCGAUCUCUGUAUAAAGCAGUUGGACCCUAUAAUGUUGCUCUGCCCUCUGAUGUUUCCCAUGCAAGGUUUUAUUUUCUCUUUCACAAGCCAUUGCGGAUCCUGAACCUGCUGAUCUGGAUCGAGUCGAGUGUGGUUUUGUACCAGUUAUACUCUCUGCUGCGCUCUGAGCGCUGGAACCACACGUUGUCUCUGGGCCUUAUUCUCUUCUGCAACUACUAUGUCCUUUUUAAACUGCUCCGAGACCGCAUCGUGCUGGGCAAAGCCUAUUCCUACCCUCUGUCCUCCACCACUUUGGGGCUCAAAUCACAGUAAAGGCUCCGCAGAGCAAGACCUCACCUACGGACUCUGGAUUUGGAGGGGAAACUGGAGGAGGUCUGGUACAGCGGAAGACUGGAGGGUCGUUUGGCACUCACGCCUGGAGGUUAAGGGACAGACUGUGAACUCAUAAUUGUGUUUUGAUACGGUUCUAUUUUUAAUGCAAUGUUUAUAUAUACCUAUUUAAAAGAAUAUUUUUAUUUUGUAUACUAUUUCGAGUUACGCCCGGGCAUUACCACACUGACAACAUUAGCAUGUUGUGUUAGGUGACAGGGAAGUCGGGGAAUGCCAGGAGGUGACUUUCACCAAAGAUAUUUUAAGUGCAGGUGGCCAAUGACAGACGACGUGGCCUCCGACAGUCAGUCAAACCAGAUGAGGAGUCGUGCCUGAUCCUGAAUCCUGAUUGGCCCUAAAUUCUGUUUCGACUUUGAGGCUCCCGAAUCUUAAAUCUGGAACCAGUUGCUGUCUGAGGAAGCAGGAUGAUUUGAUCAUUUCAGCAUUGCUGCAGUAAUUAUUGCUGAUCCUUUAGCCGAUGCUCUUAAAGGAAUAGUUUGACAACGUUGAAAAUAAGCUUAUUUACGAUCAGGCGAGGAGUGAGAAGAUUAAUGUGACUCAUGUCUGUGCUGGAAAUAUGAAGCUGGUGCCAGCUAAGCAUAAAGAGAGAAUGGAGAGACAGCUCUGUUCUGUCCAGUGGUUCUAAAAUCUACCUACCAGCAGCUCAAAACUUUUUAUAUCUCUUUUGUUUAACUUCAAAA